AUGUGGCUAACAGGACUUUCCUUGUUUUCUCUCCUUUUAAUUGGAGACUGUUUCAAUCCGUGUGUGAAAAGAACUGUCAAAGCAGAGCAUAUAGUAUGUGUUUGCAAUACAACAUACUGUGAUGAUUUCGAACCGUUACCAACAUUGCUGGCUGGGGAAGCCAUUUUAUUGCAAUCGACCCGUUCUGGAAAACGCCUGGAGCAAACCAAAAUAUCUCAAUCAUCCACUGUUCCCUCAGAUUCGUCAUUCACACUUAAACUAUCUAAAAAUACAGAGCAGAGCAUUAUGGGAUUCGGAGGAGGUUUCACAGAUGCUGUUGGGAUCAACCUUCUGACUAUUCCGAAAGUUAUGCGUGAUAUGAUUAUCACCAGUUAUUAUGGAGAGAAAGGUCUUAACUAUGUGUUUGGGCGCGUGCCAAUGGCAAGCACAGACUUCUCCACAUAUGCUUACAGUUAUGACGAUGUCCCCGAUGAUUUCGCACUUAAAAAUUUUUCCUUGGCCAACGAAGACUUCAUCUACAAAAUUCCUUUUAUUAAACAAGCACAGGAUUUAGCAGGUGAUCGUUUGAAGCUAUUCACAGCUCCUUGGGCUGCUCCAGGUUGGAUGAAAACGAAUGGAAACAUGAAAGGUGCCGGAAAACUGAUAGGUGAAGUCAACGGAAAAUAUUAUCAAACCUGGACACAGUACUUUAUCAAGUUUUUCGAAGAGUAUCAUAAACAAGGUAUUGACUUCUGGGCAACAUCUAUGCAGAAUGAGCCAUCGAAUGGAUUCAUUCCUACAUUCCAAUGGCAAACUAUGUAUUUCACAGCGGAAAUGGAAAGAGAUUGGUUGAAAGGACUAUUGGGACCUGCAAUGCGAGGAAAUAAUAUAACUAAAGACAUCAACAUCUUGAUAUUGGAUGAUCAACGUUUCAAUGUUGUGUCAUGGUCAAACACGAUCCUGGAUGAUCCAGAAGCAGCUAAGUACGCUUCUGGUACGGCUGUUCAUUGGUAUGAGGACAAUGAAACUCCUGCUAGUUUUCUAACUGCGGCUUACAAACGUCAUAAAGAUCAUUUCCUAAUUUACACAGAGUCAUGCAAUGGAUAUCUUGAGCACAACGCCAUAUUAGGAGACUGGGGAAGAGCUCGCAAUUAUGCUCACUCUAUAAUAACCGAUUUUACAAAUCACGUAAGUGGAUGGGUGGAUUGGAAUCUGUGUUUGGAUCUGCAAGGGGGUCCUAACUGGGUUGGAAACUUUGUUGAUGCGCCAAUCUUAAUCGAUAAAGACAAAGUAGAAUUCUAUAAACAGCCAAUGUACUACAUCUUGGCUCACUUCAGUCGUUAUGUGCCAGUUGGAUCAAAACGAACAGAAGACACAGUAUCCAAAGUUCAUAAUGACAUUGAGCAUGUGAGCUUUUUGAGUCCGGAAGGAAAACAAAUUCUGGUUUUACAUAAUACUGGAAAUGAGAACGUAAAGCUGACCGUCCAGUCAUCAGUUGAUUCAUUCUACUAUUCGUUCAUAUCAGAAAAACAUUCAAUUUCCACAUUCAUUUUAUAA